UUGACCUCUCGAUGCUGUAAAGAGGUCUCAAGUUCAAUUCUAAAGCAUAUAUAUUUACAUACGUAUAUAUGCAUGUUUCUUUAAUAUGUUACAUAUGUACAUAUAUAUAUAAAUUAUAACUGUCUUCUUUUAUGGGAUUUAAAAAUCAAAAGAUUAAUACUAUCUUUUUACACAUGAACCAAAAACCACAAAAUCUGCUAUGAUACACAACAGUUUAAAGGUCUAUAAUCAUUGAUUGUAUGUAUGCCAGAGAGGAGCAGAUCAUCACAAGGCUUUUCCAGACCACACUUUGAGGCCUAUUGAUCUAAAACUUCUUUUUUUAAUAGUAUUUUAUUUUUCUAAAUACAUGCAAAGACAGUUUUUCACAUUUACCUUUGCAAAACUUUGUUUUCCAAUUUUUUCUCCUUUCCUUCCUUACCUCCUUCCUCCCCAAGACAGCAAGCAGUCCAAUAAAGGUUAAAUGUAUGCAAUUCUACUAAAUAUAUUUUCAUAUUCUUUAUACUACACAAGAACAAGCAGAACAAAAUCACAAGAAAAAAAAUACAAGCAAACCAACAACCACCACCAAAAAAAAAAAAAAAAAAAAAAAGGGAAAAUACUAUGCUUUCUGUAAUCCACAUUCAGUUUCCAUGGUUCUCUCUGGAUGCAAAUGUCUCUUUCCAUUCCAAGACUAUUGGAAUUGCCUUAAAUCACCUCAUUUGAAAAAAUCCAAGUCUUGUUCUUGUCCAUGGUCUCAUCAGUGCAUUUACUCUCUCCAUUAUCAGGUCACAAAACACCUAUUCCUUAUUCUUUGUGAUUAAUUUCCAAUUUCUUCUACAAAUCUUUCACUGAGAUCUUUAAUGUGCUAAAAGUUUUUAAGGCCUAUAGUUAUUUUUUAACAUCUAUGAAGAAGAGAGUCCGUGGUUUGUCAAUCUCUGGGAUUGUCUCCCCCCCAAAAAAAAAGAUGUCCCCACAGCCAUCAAUCUAGCAGUUCUUCUCCUCAAAUUUCUUCAGGUCUUUUGUCCAAAAUCUAUAUGAAUCCAUCCACAAGCGAUAAAUCUAUCAAGUGUCUACCAUAUAUGCCUGGGGCAGCUAGAAUGCCAGCCCUGGAGUCAAGAAGAUUCAUUUUCCUUAGUAUAAAACUAACCUCAGAUAGUUACUAGCUAGAUAUGUGACUCUAGGAAAAUCACUGAAUUUUGUUUGCCUCAUUUUCUUCAUCUGUAAAAUGAGCUGAAAAGAAAAUAUCAAACCCACUCCCAUGUUCUUGCCCAAAAAAACCCUAAAGAGUCAGAUACUAAUGAAAAAUGACUAAACAAAAACAAAAUUAUAUACCUGGCACUGUUAGAUAUUAGAAUUACUGUGACAAAAUUUGACAGUCCUUCACUCAAGGAGUUUAUAUUCUAUUGGAACAAUCAAUAGGUGUAUACAAAGUUAGAUACCUAGAUCUAAUUUUAAUGGCAUAGGGAAAUACUCUCAGUGGCAAAAAAAUCUCUUUACCAAAACAGGUAGUCAAUCUGUCUGGAUCUUUUAGACUUAGAAAGCAGUCAGAGGUACUGAUCAUAGAGCCAGCAUGUUUCAGAGGCAGGGAUAGAACUCAGAUUCUCUUGGUUCUGAGUUAACUCUCUAUUGAUAAAAUCACAUCAUCUCUUGAUAACAAAACAUAAGAUCACUUCAGGGACAGAUUAUCAUCCAGGAGUGAUCAGAAAAGGUUUUAUGUAGAAGAUCACAAUUGAGUUGAGCCUUGAAGAAAGUUAGGGAUUCUAAGGAACAGAAAUUCAGAAAGGGCAUGUCCUACAUAUGAGGAAGCCAGCUUAUGUAAGGACACAGAGGUAGGAGAUGCUUAUUUGUGUAUAUGUCUUAACUUUUCUACCAGAAAAAAAGUUCUUAGAGAACAAAAACAGUAUUGCCAGUUCACUUUGUAUAGGAAUCUAGCAUGUUAUAGAUGCAUCACAAAUGAUUGUUCAAACAUUUUUAAAUAAUCACUAAAAAGUACAUGUAUUACAUUAUAAAUAGCAAUAGCAUAUUUUGAAAGAUGUGACAGAAAAUAAAAUCUAUCAGGGUUAAUUAAAUACAGUUCAACUCAAUCAAGUGUUGAUAUCUAAAUAUCUUUCAACUGUCACUACAAUGAGGUCAGGAUUCUGCAAGAUUCUGUAACGUGGAUGUCACACUAAGACUAAUGAGUCAUUAAAUUAAUGCAGAGAUUACAAGAAGGAAGUAAAUAAGAGUCAUCUUAGAAAGAUGUAUAAACAACAAAGCAUCCCAUGUCCUAGAACAAGUCUCCUCAGAAAGGUAUAUAAGGGCUGCCCUGCAGAAGGGGAGCAUCAGACUUCAUUCACCUCUCCUGAAUCCUCUCUCUCCUCAUCUCACUUGAACCUUCUAUACUAAAACCAUGGGUUGCUGUGGUUGUGGAGGCUGUGGUGGCUGUGGUGGCUGUGGUGGCUGUGGCGGCUGCGGUGGCUGCGGCUGUGGAGGCUGUGGCUGUGGUGGCUGCGGGGGCUGCGGCUGUGGAGGCUGUGGUGGCUGCGGCGGCUGUGGCAACUGUUGCUGUACCACCUGUACCUGCCGCCGUGUAGGCUGCUGCUCUGGCUGCUGCCCCUGCUGCUGCGGCUGCUGUGGAGGCUGCUGCAGCCCUACUGUGGUCUGCUGCCGCCGCACCUGCUGCUGUGGUGGCUGUGGUGGAUGUGGCUGUGGCUGUGGCUGUGGUAAGGGCUGUGGCUGUGGUAAGGGCUGCUGCCAGCAAAAGUGCUGUUGUCAACAGAAAUGCUGCUGCAAAAAGCAAUGCUGCUGUUAAAAGGAAGUGAUCAGUGCUGAAUCUCUGGGAAGGAACUACUGGGGACACAUGUACAGCAAGAAGGUAAAACUUUCUUCUCUUACCUUGUCUUCUCUCUACUAAGACCUCUUUGGGUUCCAAAGUGUGGAACACUUAACAGCCCUCAGUAUCUCUCAGGUACUUAAUUUGGAAAGUGCCCGUUUUUAAAAAGAAUGAUCUUCCCAACAAUGAGAUAGGGGCCAAAAACAAUUUUCUCAAACUUUAUUCAUAUGAUGAGGUCAUAGAAUCAUGAAUUUUAGCAUUUUUUCUCUCUUGAAAUGUCUCUUAUAAAUGCCUGUAUCAGUAAGUCUAUUCUUUGGAUAUUUACUAUACAUUCACUGCCCUUUCUAUAAUUUCUGUGUUUUUCAAUGAAUAUUUCUUAAUAAAAUGGACUAAAUUUCAUUAAAAAAAAAAA